AUGUUGAACGUUCCUAAGACCCGCUGGACAUUCUGCAAGAAAUGUGGAAGACACCAACCCCACAAGGUGACCCAGUACAAGAAGGGCAAGGAUUCUUUGUAUGUCCAGGGAAAGCGGCGUUAUGCCAGGAAACAGAGUGGCUAUGGUGGGCAGACUAAGUCUAUUUUCCCCAAAAUGGCUAAAACUACAAAGAAGAUUGUGCUGAGACUGGAGUGCAUUGUGUCCAACUGCAGAUCCCAGAGGAUGCUGACUAGUAAGAGGUGCAAGCAUCUUGAACUGUGA